AUGUUGGACCGCCAUCCAGUUGCUAUUACAGUGGAGGUGAAGCAAGAAGAAGACAUUAAGCCCCCUCCUCCACUGGUUUUAAGUUCUCAACAGAGUGAUACUUUAGAGCAAAGAGAAGAACAGGAAUUAGUGCGUGUAAUGGAAAGAUCUUUGUCACCAUCACUUUCCUCUGUUGAUAUGAGAAUGACAUCGUCUCCAUCUUCUAUCCCAAGGAGAGAUGAUUUUUUUCGGCAUGAGAGUGGAGAAAAUUUUAGGUCACAAUUAGGGUAUGAUCCUCAGAUUCUACAAAUGCUGAAAGAGGAGCAUCAGAUAAUUUUAGAAAAUCAAAAAAGUUUUGGAUUAUAUGUUCAGGAGAAGAGGGAUGGAUUGAAAAGAAGGCAGCAGCUAGAGGAAGAGCUGCUAAGAGCAAAAAUUGAAGUUGAGAAGCUGAAAGCAAUUCGACUACGGCAUGAUCUACCUGAAUAUAAUAGUCUCUAA